UGGCAGUCGCGGGGAAGUGCGACGCACGCCGACACCUACGCCGUCCAAGGAGCUGCCGCUGUCUGUGCCUGUGCCUGCGCCGUGUCCGCGUGUGACGUGCCGCGAAUAGAGAAGGCCGUUUCGGCAACCUUUUGGACAACGCACGAUUAUUGCAUUCUGAACAGUUAGUUGCGCGGCGAGCGGCGUGGCUAGAGGAUUGCCUGCCUGCCACCUGCCCUCCAGGAGACGAGUCCAAGUGACCGCAGCGCUCACCUUAAAGCUGGCCGACAGCUUAUCGCUUUGAGAGCGGGAGGUGGUCAGUCGUGUGUUGUUCUUCUUCGGUGUUCUCAACUGCGAUACGACGGUAGUGUACGAAGAGCGGGGAGUGAGAGAAAAGUGAAAAAAAAUCGAUGCUUUGUAAAUGUCGAGUUCGAACUCGUAAAGUGCGCCAUGACUUCGCAUGCGAGCAACCUGCCACAGGUGGCAGAAGAAGACGAAAUGUACGAGCGAAAGGACGAUCCUGUUGAUCACCUAUGCUUUCAGGUGAACAUCGCUUUGAAGCCCCUGGAUGACGCGGCCCUCCCACCUGCGUUGUCGACCCCGCCGCGACGCCGGGGUGUGCGCCGUCUGUUGCCGCCGCUUGUAACUUCCAGCGCCGGGCAGUGGAUGCGGCCGGCGCCCACGUCGCCUACGGCGCCCCCGCGCCACCGCCGCCUGCUGCCCGGCGCGUGCGUCUCGGCCUCCGCCUCCGGCAGCCCCCCCGGCGGCCUGUGCGACCUCGCCGCCUGCACCGCCUCCACGGCCUCCUUCGUCAGCGGCCUCGCCCUCCGCGCAGUAAUAGACACCUGUAUGAGGAAACGAAUUUCUGAUGUUACUGGUGAAAUAAAAAAAAAUACAAUAUCAACAUGUCAUAUGAUCCAUUGGUUUUUUGUGCUGAAGAUGCGUGCGCCUGUAGUAAACUAU